AUAAUAACAAUCAACAUAUAGAAUAGACUGAAUAGAAAUUAGAAAAGAAAAGAGUAAGCAGAAUGAAUUGGAACAUGUCAAUGACAAAUGAUCAUAACAGUUGUGUUACUACAAGCCAAAUGAGUAGUCAAAGCACUUGGAGUAGUCAUACUCGUCCAAGUACUGUAACAGCUUUUGAUCAACAUCAACAUCAACAUAAUCAAAAUGUUGUUAAUAAAAAACUUGAUAUUCUUUUGAAAGUAAUGCAAGAAACAUUGGCAGAAAAUAAUUUCAUUGAAAAGGAAAUAAUAAAUUUACUUAAAUUUCUAGAAAUUGAUACACAAUCAUUGUCAUAUGAAACAAAUACUGGUUUGGAAAAAGCUGGUGUUGUAUUAAAAAAUAAAAAUAUUAUUGAUUUUGAUGAAACUAGUCUUGUUGUUACAAUGGAAAAUGAUAAAUGUCAAGAAAUUAUUAAAACAAGAAAUGAUAGAGCAUUAAAAAAAAUAUAUGAAGAAUUGUGUAUUAAAUAUUCAAAAAUUCAAGAUAAAGUUACAAAAGUACAAGAAAAAGUACAAUAUAUUUGUGAUAUUAUUGAUAAUGAACGUGAUUUUGGUGGUGGUGGUGGUGGUGAUAAUAAAAAUUCAGAGUAUCAAUAUUCAGAAAUAAUUCAAAAUCAAACAAAAUUAAAUGAUUACAAGAGAAUUAUUGAUAAUUUAGAAAAAGAAUUAAUUGAUAUGAGUAUUGACAAUGAUGGUCCUGAUGCAAUAUUAAAAAAAUAUAAAUAUUGUAUGGGAGCAAGUGGUGAACUUGCUGAAUUAACAAAAUCAUUAAAUUAUUAUCAAAAUUUACCACCAGAUAUUAGACAAGCUAAAGCUGUUGUUGAACAAACUGAAAUAAAAAGACAACAAGUUAAAUAUUUACUUGAUAAAAAAAUGGGUAAAUAAUAAUGUAUAUCUUAUUUUAUCUUACUUUUAUUUUA